AUGGACAAGCAAGACCCCAUCAUCGUCGUUGGUGCCGGCAUCUUUGGCCUCAGCACCGCGCUGCACCUGGCCGAGGCCGGCUACGCCGACGUCACCGUCUUCGACCGCCACGCCGUCGACAAGACGCGCUACUCUUACUUUGACGGCUGCGACGGAGCAUCCGCCGACGCCUCCAAGAUCAUCCGCUCGGCCUACGGCGGCCAGAAGGAGUACACCGAUCUCAGCGCCGAGGCCAUCGUCCUCUGGAACGCGUGGAACGAGGAGAUCAAGACUGUCGACGAGGAUAACGACCUCGGCCUCUCCCGGGACGACGUCAUCUGGAAUAACAACGGCGUGCUCAUGUGCACCGACCAGCCCGUCCUGAGCGACUUUGACCGCGCCUCCGCACGCAACGCCAACCCCCCAGGCGGGGAGAAGCUCGCGCUCGUCACCAACGACCCGGAGGACCGCGCCGUGGCCGAGGCCAAGGGCCUCGCCCACGCUCUCAGCCCGUUCGCCAAACCCACCGUCGGCGUGCUGGACACCACCGGCGGCGUCGUCGUCGCCGACAAGGCGUGCUGCUUCGCCCUGUACAAGGCACGCAAGGCCGGCGCCAAGUUCAUCCUCGGCGGCGGCGCCGGCACUUUUUCCUCGCUGCUCAAAAACGGCGAGGCCGUGGCGGGCAUCAAGACGGCGGACGGCAAGGAGCACCCGGCCAAGACGGUGGUGAUGGCGUGCGGCGGGUGGACGCCGUCGCUGGUGCCCGCGCUCGACGGCCUGUGCGAGACCACCGCCGGCUCGGUCCUGCUGUACCAGCUGCCCGAGGGCUCGCCGCUGCGGCGCACGCUCGGGUACGCCGAGUUCCCCGCGUUCAUGUUCCGCCAGCGCGAGGGCGUGGACGGCGGGCUGUACGGCUUCCCCGCGGACCGUCGGGGGGUGGUCAAGAUCGGGUACCGCGGGAUCAAGUACACCAACCCCGUCGCGCAGGCCGACGGGCUCGACCGCAGCGUGCCGCGGACGCGCUGGACCACCGACGACGCGGCGGCCGGCCGCGGCGAGGACACGACGGGCGCCAUCACGGACAUCCCCGCCAAGGCGCACCAGGUCAUCUCCGACUUUGUGGGCGAGUUCCUGCCGGCGCUGGUGGAGGGGGGCCGGGUGCCGGUGAAGAUGAGCAGGCUGUGCUGGUACACGGACUCGUUCGACAACCACUACGUGGUGGACCGGGUGCCGGGGGUGAAGGGGCUGGCCUGCGCGACGGCGGGCAGCGGGCACGCGUUCAAGUACCUGCCCAACGUCGGCGCGUGGGUGGUGAGCAUCCUGGAGGGCCGGGGGCUGGACCGCCCGCUGGCGAGGGCGUGGCGCUGGCGGGCGCUGGAGGAGGGCCGGGAGCCGGUCAACAAGCUGAUGCUGGGCCGGGAGGACGGGAGGACGCUGGCGAACACGGAGCUGGUGACGGCCGAGGAGGAGGAUGGAGGGCUGGCGAGGGCGUUGGCGAGCCAGAGUUUGAGUUAG